AUGGAUGCCCGCACGAACCGAAGUGGGCCCACCAAGCUGCCUGGCCCGGACACGCCGGCCGUUGGGGCCCACGCGCCUUGCGGGGCGUGCAAGUUCCUGAGGAGGAAGUGUAUAGCGGGCUGCAUAUUUGCCCCACACUUCGGGCCGGAACAAGGCCCGGCCCGGUUUGCAGCGGUGCACAAGGUGUUUGGGGCCAGCAACGUGUCCAAGCUUCUCUCACGAAUCCCAAUGGGCCGCCGCCAUGAUGCGGUGGUCACCAUCUCUUAUGAGGCCCAGGCCCGACUGUCUGACCCGGUCCACGGGUGUGUGUCAACCAUUAUGGGCCUGCAGCAACAGGUGGCAUCACUUCAAGCAGAGCUAUCAAUGGUGCAAACUCAGCUUAUGAACAGCCGAAUUUUGAUGGCAAAUGCACUUCACAGCCAGCCGCCGCCUCACCACCACCACCACGACAUGGCGGCGGCAGGGCUGCAGCCAGCGUAUUCCGGCACAUCAUCAGCUUCCAACAAUAAUCACUUUAGCAUGCAUAGUUUCGGGCCAAAUAGCCUUAGCGAAACCGCAUUUUCCAAUAGUUUUGAGCCCAAUAUCCCUCAUCUUUCGGACCGGGCCUUGCACAACGAGGAGGAGGAGGAAGAGGACGAAAGCCACGACCCAACCAACCCGACCCAACCCGCUGGAGUAAAGAGAAAAAUCGAUUGGACUAGCACGCCACAAAACGUUUUGGGCAGUUCAUUACUACAAAGAUACCAAGGUCACUGUGAGAAAGAAGAAGAAGAAGAAGAAGAAGAAAAAGAAGAAGAAGAAGAAGAGGAGGAGGAGGAGAUGUUGUGGGUGGAUAAGUAUCGUCCCAAAACCCUAGACAAGGUUUUGGUGCACCAAGAUAUCGCCCAAAAUCUAAAGAAACUGGUGACGGAACAAGAUUGUCCGCAUUUGCUGUUCUACGGCCCGUCUGGCUCGGGUAAGAAAACCCUAAUAAUGGCCCUUCUCAGGCAAAUUUUUGGUGCCAGCGCCGAUAAGGUUUUGUUUGGUAGUUUUUCGGGGGUGGGCAAACUUCCAGUGAAUUGUGCAACUCCGGAAUCGACUACUGCUUUGUAUAGUUAUCUGUUGAAUCUAAAACGAAAAGGGAAGAGUGAAGUAAAGAAAAAGAACAAAAUUAUGAAUAAGAAAUGUGAAUUGAUCCUCAAUUUCAUUGAUGACAAGUGGAGAAAGGUGAAAGUGGAAAACAAGAACUGGAAAGUUGAUGCUGGGAGUAGAACCAUUGAUGUUGAACUCACGACUUUGUCAAGCACGCACCAUGUUGAACUGAGCCCUAGUGAUGCAGGAUUUCAGGACCGUUAUGUGGUUCAAGAGAUAAUCAAGGAAAUGGCCAAAAACCGACCAAUUGACACUAAGGGAAAGAAAGGAUUCAAAGUUCUGGUGCUGAAUGAGGUUGACAAACUCUCGAGGGAAGCCCAGCACUCUCUCCGAAGGACAAUGGAGAAAUACAGUUCAUCUUGCCGACUCAUUCUAUGCUGCAACAGCUCCUCCAAGGUUACUGAAGCCAUUCGCUCUCGUUGUCUGAAUAUGAGAAUCAAUGCACCACCAGAAGGAGAGAUUGUGAAGGUGUUGGAAUUUAUCAGCAAGAAAGAAGGGUUACAACUUCCAUCCGGAUUUGCUGAUCGAAUUGCACAACAAUCUAACAGGAGCCUCAGGAGGGCAAUUUUGUCGCUUGAAACUUGUUGUGUCCAACAGUACCCUUUCACAACCACUCAAGCAAUACCCCCAAUGGAUUGGGAGGCAUAUAUUUCUGAAAUAGCAUCAAGUAUUUUUAAGGAGCAGAGUCCGAAAAGGUUAUUUGAGGUUCGGGGAAAGCUUUAUGAGCUACUCGUCAAUUGCAUUCCUCCAGAAAUCAUUUUAAAGAGGCUACUUUAUGAGCUGUUGAAGAAAUUGGAUUCUGAGCUCAAGCAUGAAAUCUCUCAUUGGGCCGCAUAUUAUGAGCAUAGAUUACGCCUUGGGCAGAAAGCAAUAUUUCACCUUGAAGCGUUCGUGGCCAAAUUCAUGAGUGUUUACAAAGGUUUCCUCAUCGAGACAUUCGGGCACGGCUGCCGAUCUAAGUCCGAUUUCCCCUCGAACACCCGUGUGCAAAAACCGAUCGGCCCUAUGAACCUUCCUCUUGAUCUCCGGAACCUUCCGCAAAACCGAUCGCCAGAUCAUCUGGACUGCAUCAUCCUCUCUCGAUGGGUGUCGAUACUCGAAAAACUUCUCGACUUCUUUCAACCUCAUCCACAUCCUCGUCCACUCCUCCUUCCCGAUACUCCUAACGAAAUCGAUCAAGAAAUUCUCCUUUACGGCAUCCGAGGCGCGCAUGAAUACGCAAAACUCGGAAUAAUCUAG